UCCAAGACCUACGUUGUCUCCUGGUACUCCGACGACGACGGCCAAAAUCCCCACAACUGGUCAAUAGCCCACCGCCUCAAAACGACAUUCCUCCUUAUCCUCAUCGCCUUUGUCGUCACGGCCGGCUCCAGUAUUGACUCCGCCAUACAAGUACCCGCCGCAGAAGAGUUUCACGUUGCACCCGUGACAGAAGCGCUCGGAGGCACCGGAAUCUUCCUCAUUGGCUUCGGUCUGGGCGCUCUGAUCGCAUCUCCAGCUUCCGAGCUCUUUGGUCGGUAUCUCGUCUACAUAGGAGCUUUGAGCGUUUUCGCGAUAUGGGAAAUGGCGGCAGCAUUGUCACCGAACAUCGGCGCACAAAUAGCGUUUAGAUUUCUGGCAGGAAUGAGUGGAUCGGCGCCUUUGACUGUGGCGGGCGGGACAUUGAGUGACAUUUUCAAUGCGAAAGAGAAGACUUGGGGGUUUCCUGCUUUUGCGAUCAUCGGGUUUGGAGGACCAAUUCUUGGGCCGGUGAUCGCGGCGUAUAUCCCGGUGACUGGAGUUUUGUCCUGGAGAUGGGCGGACUGGAUCACCUUGAUUGCGACCGGACUGGUUUUAUUCUUGGUUCUGGCUCUCAAAGAAGAGACGCUUGCGCCCAUGAUCUUGAAGAAGAAGGCAAAGUACUUCCGCCAACUUACCGGAGACGAUCGAUUCAAAGCCGAAGCCGAACUCGGAAGCCAGACUACAGUGCAAGUGCUGAAGAAAAACUUCAGCCGACCAUUCAUACUCGCCAUCGAGCCCAUUGUCCUGGCUUUCACGCUCUAUCUGACGAUCAUCUACAUCGUCUUGUUCACCUUCCUGGACGGAUACACCUACAUCUUCGAGAGGACAUAUGGCCUCAAUUCCGGACUGAGCAACAUCAUCUUUGUCGGCCUCUUCAUCGGAGUCGUGCUGCAAAUCAUCGCCGUCCCAUUCGUGGUCCGCAAGACAAACAAGCAGCUCGCACGCGAUGGCGACGAAGGCCAAGGAACGAAGCUAGACCGAGAAUCCCGCCUCCUCUUCGCCAUGUGGAGCGCCCCCUUGAUCCCUAUCGGCCUCUUCUGGAUGGGUUGGACCGACUACCCCAGCAUAUCCAUCUGGAGCCCGAUCAUGGCUUCCGUCAUGAUCGGAGCGGGAAUAAUCUCUGUCUUUUUAAGUGCGUACAUGUACAUCAUCGACUCGUACGAAGUGAACGCUGCGAGCGCUUUGACGUUUGUCGCGUUGGUGCGAUAUCUGGCGGCCGGAGGCAUGACGGUGGUUGGUGUGCCGAUGUAUGAGAAUUUGGGGACGCAUUAUACCUUGACGAUUUUGGCUUGUAUUAGUGCUGCUGCAGUGCCGAUCCCCUAUGCGUUGCAUCGGUGGGGGCCAAUGUUGAGAGAGAAGAGCAAGUAUGCUAUC